GCCGCUUUAAUGAUGAUAUUAUGUGAGAAAGAAUGGAAAUGCUGAAUAAUAUUUGUCUUUCAUCCUAGGCAGGAUAAGUGAAUUAGUCAAGCAGUCGCAUCGCUGCAUUCGCACCUUCCUUUGUGAAUAGGCUUCGCACGUCAUUCGCACAUUCCUUCAUCUUUUCUUUGAUACCAAACUCUAGCAUAUAAUGAGGAGCUCUCAAGUUUCAGAUCACCAGGCUUGGUCUGACAAAACAACUGCAGCAGCACUUAUCUCGACUUUGCAAUGGCUGAGCAAAAUUCCGAUGUUCAGGCUGUCGCGGAUGAAGAUACCAUGCACAAAAUUAUUGCUGGGUGCGAAAGUUCCAGAUCCCAGCUCACAGUAGCCCAGCAUAUCAAAGCUUCCGCCAAGAAUCCAACUAGAUUCCUCGACCUACCCCGCGAAAUUCGUGACAGCAUCUACUUGGAAUACUUUGCUCAGCAAGCGAAUGAUUCUUUUGAGAGCAAGGAUGCUAGAAACUUCUACUGCUAUGCUUGUGAUCACACUCCCUAUGAGAGAGAUUGUUACACCUUCCCUAUCCUCUUCACUUGUCAACAAAUCUUACGGGAAUUCCAGGACCUCCUCAUACGAUAUGGCAUGCAUCUCCAAUUCGACUGCAUCGUACCAAUGAAGCCUUUCAUGGACAACCAGCACCAGGCAUACCUCAAAGCCAACCUCACAUCCCUCUGCUUCAACUGGCGCGGAGGCUCCGAGACUUGUGUGACUGCAGCUCAUGCCAUCAUUGGCUUACAGACGCUUCCCAGUUUGAAGAAUCUCAUUAUUGUUAUUACUCCAUCAGUGCCAAUGAGAGCCCGUUUCAAGUACAUUGCCAACGAGAUGAGCUAUGAUAGCGGUCAGGAUAUCACAUUCAGAAUCAUGCAGGCGAUUGGAUUCGACGAGCUGUGCAGCAUUCGCGGCUUGCAUGAACGUGUUGAAGUCCGCCUUGAAGGAAGAUGGCUUGGAGUUGCCGGAAUGCCUUUUAAUAUUCGCUUGCCAUCUGAAGGACUUUACGCAUCUGAACUAAGAUACUUGCGACUGAUGCAAACAGCAUUGAGUCGGUACUUGAGCAUGUUCAUGACGAGAAAGAAGCCGCUCGACUACGAUUCCACAAAGAAACUUCGAGUACCUUAUUACGCCUGGUCUGACGACCAUGACGUUACGUGGAUAGGCUGGGAUAAGGAGAACGAGGAGCAAAGAUUAGAGGGCGAAGACCUCAAUGGGUGGUAGAAGUCCAGCAUUCAGGAUAUAAUAUACUUCAAACAGUUCAUUCAGACUCAACACAUCCAUUUACCAUUCCCGAUUAUUUUCGCCUAAAGCAGAUCACUGAACUGCAGAAUCAAAUCAGUCUCCACCAAAUUCUGAUUAUCAAAAUAUCCUCUACUACCCUCACAGCUUCAGAACAACAUUUCGAGAAGAUUGGAGUUGGCUACAAGCAGCAGUUAUCUCUUCGUCGGUUUCAUAGUCCAACAGUGCAAAUCGUAGCCCAACAGAUCGUAUCCAUCUAAUCCUUUCAACAACC